AUGACUAUGAUCGUCGUCUGUUUUCCCUCGGCUCCAGGAAUCAUUCCUGAGAAGGCGAAAGCCGAAGAAGACUGGCAAAAAGCUAUGCAGUCGGUCAUACAAGGUUGUUGCCGAGUCGAAGGCCGAAUAAAGAAAUGAUGUUGCAGAAGUGGUGGAUGGGGCUGUGGCGCGAGAAGACUACUGCAAAGAGGACGGUCUGAGCAUCGAGUGGCUCAUGAUGCAGCUCAACGCCAACCCCAGAACUCCGGCCGCCAACUCGGGACCAGUACACAUCACGCGCAGCCUCCUCGACCAAGUUAGUCACCUUCUUGGCGUCUUUCCAAGAACAUGGGAAUCUGAAAACGAAGCAGUGUCACUGUUAGAAAAAAGAAAAUUGAGCUUUGAGUCUUCACUAUGCAACGUUUUUCCCACAGUUACUCGCAGCUUUUUUUUUUUUUAAAUCUCAAUUUUCUUUUGCAAGCUUCGGAACAUACGUCGGCUAGAUCUCACCCCGCGGUGCGGACUAACCCCCGAAAAGUGCGGCCUACUUCAUUUCAACUCCAUUCAAUUUAUUCAAUUUAUUCAGUCUUCAGAGUAAGAUGUAGAAAAAACCUCUGCUUAAUCAUGAUAUAAUCGAAGAGUUAGUCGUCGGCGCGGGUUACGGUCCACAAUCGUUGUCCAAUAAGUCCCGGCGUGACAGCUAGUGUUGGGAAAUAAUGUGGGCCGGUUGGUAGUAGAGUUCUCAAAAGUAAAUGUUUGGACGAACGGUCAACCAAACAUUUUCCGAACAUUUGAUGAAUUCGACAAAUUAGUUAAAUUUCACAUGAACCGUUUGUUAAAAAUUUCAUUUUGGUUAAAUUUCAUAACUGAGCAUUUGAAAAAAAUGAACAAUUUCUUAUUUUUUUCGAAAAAAAUUUUGGCCAAAAAAAGUAAACAUUUAAAUUUCAUUUUGAAAAAUUUUUGGUCAAAGAAGUAAACAUUUAAAUUUCACUUUGAAAAAAAUUUGGUCAAAAAAAGUAAACAUUUAAAUUUUAUUUUGAAAAAUUUCGGCCAAAAAAAGUAAACAUUUGAAAUUUAUUUUAAAAAAAUUUCGGCCAAAAAAAGUAAACAUUUACUUUUUCACUUUUUGAAAAUUUGGGUCAUUAAGGCGAACAUUUAUUUACUAGUCAGAAUAUGAUUGUUUAGAAAAUGACCAUUCAUUUUUCAUUCAUUAUUUGAAAAGUCACAAAAUGAAAAGAAUGAAAGUGAUCAAUUUUGGUUGAUGUUUCAAAAACGACAUUCGUUUGAAAUGUCAAAAAGAAAAUUUUUCGUUUUUGAAAAAUUUCAUCCUUUUCAAUUGGUCAUUUUGAGAACUCUAGUUGGUAGUUCCAGCGAAUAAACUGCUUCACCAUAUUGGAACAGUACGGCGCCAAGCUUGUCCAGGGCCGACGGGCACCGGAAUAUUAUCCCAUGAGAGAGCGGCAAUGAGACCGACCAGUCGACGGGAUGUAAUCAGAUGAUAAUAAUCCUACUUGAGUACAUUUUUAAAUUUUUUUUGCGCACAAAGGCUGGGGCGGGAUCUAGCCGAUUUAUGCUUCGGAAGAGGAGAUUGCGAAUAGUAAAAUCAAACCGCUUUCCGCAUAUAUCUGGCUAAGGAAUGUCUUCUUUUAAAUGUUUUUUCACCAUUUUUUUUUUCAGUUUUUGUCUUCAAAGGGAAUCAAGCACGACUAA